GAUCUGGACGUGUCACCACAACAUGAUGGACGCUACCCAGCAAACACGGCGGCGGCUUGCCUACUUGAGAUUUAUAAUAUCUCCGUUAUAAAUAUUCCUAUCAGAGGGCCCCUUUACCAUCAGGCUCUCCUUGCCCGCAUAUCUACCCCCACACAGCCAUCCAUCCUCGCCCGCUCACUCAAUGCUACUAACAGGCGUUAAAAUCAUGUCGUCCGCAAAUACCCCCGCUGGCACUUAUACCCCGCGUGGCUUCCCGCUAAGCGCACAGAAGACACGGCAAGUCUGGACACAAGAAGAAGACCGGCUGCUUUCUAGUGCCGUCGCAAAGGAGGCGCCCAAACAUGGCUCCAUCAGCUGGCACCGAGUCGCCGCCUACCUCCCUGGGCGCAACAACAAAGACUGCCGCAAGCGAUGGCAUUACAGUAUUGCCAACACCAUUCGGAAGGGCACGUGGACGCGGGAGGAGGACCAAAAGUUGAGAGAGGCCGUUGAGGUGCACGGCGCACGGUGGAGCAAGAUAGCCGAGGCCGUUGGGACGCGAAAUGGGGAUCAGUGCUGGAAGCGCUGGUACGACUGCCUCGACCCCCGCAUCGACAAAAGCCCCUGGACACCAGAAGAGGAUGCCAGGCUGCUGGAGCAGGUGGCCGAGUGUGGACGGAACUGGACCGAGAUUGUCAACAAGCACUUUGCUAAUCGGACUUCGCUCUCGGCCAAAAACAGAUUCAGCAUCUUGCAGCGGAGGAGACAAGACCGAAGCACCCUAUCCCCCUCGCCUUCGCUAUCGUCCACUGCCAACACGACGGGGUCGUUCUCGCCGGCUGCUACGGGGCCAGCGAUAACCACAAGGCUCCUUUCCUCGCACAUGACGGAUUCAGACCCAGCAAACAUGUUUGACCGCCUUAUGAUAAUGGGCAGCUUUAAUGACGUCGACCUUGGGGAGCAACCACAGACGUCGCUGGCCGACAGUUGCUCCUGGUACUGUGCAGACGGGGCCUUUUCGAUCAGCAAACGCUCGACGCCGGAACUCGCGGCUGGGACGACAACCAUGAUGAUUCCCGACAAUGCGCACAACUACCAGUGGGCCAGUAACCCCGCCUCCGCGUGGGGUUCUCCCAGCUUCAGAGCACACGACGGCUUCGGGACCGACGGCAGCAACCCAGUCGCCCUUACAGCCAUGAACAGCCCGCCAUACAACCCCGGUUUGAUGGCUCUGGAAACCUCGGGGGCUCCCAGCUAUAGCAUCUCGUCCGAUUGCUACUCAAGCCAUGGUCGUUACGAUGCGCGGGGCCCCCUCUCGUCCAUGUACGACGGCAGCUUGCUGGGCCCCCAGACUAGUUACACGUCGUGGUGAUGCGAGCGGCAGGAACUCGGCUUUUCCUUCUUGUCUUUUCGUUCUGCUCCAGAGUUUCAAUUUGAAUUCUAUAAACUUUAAAAAGGAAAGUUAAAUGGCUACAAUGGUUGAGGGUAGAGUUUGGAUUUCUUUUCCUGUGGAAGUCGAAUUGCGAGGCUGGACCUCGUACGGACACUCCCUUAGUGCGAGUCAGGUUGGGGCAUGCAUUUUCA